GUCUUUUCGCUUAGGUUUGCUCAAGUAAAUUUCAACCGACAACAGCCGUGUUUUUCUGGAACGAAAGAUUUCAGUCUCAAACAUGGCAACCAGCGCCAGAGAAAGUCGGCGUAGGAAAAUCCUCGACAGAGGAUCCGAUCGUUUGGCUUAUAUUACGGGUCAGCUCCAAAACCUGCCUACUCCUCCUCCUCACUCUCAUGAACAACUCCACGCCAACCCUCCUCCGCCGCAAGAUCCACCUACUGAUAUUUCGACACAACCCGCCGUUUCUCCUGAUGUCGACGAUGAACCGAAUUCAUUUCUGGUUUCAUCAAAUGAUCGAAGUUCACCAAUUUCCACGUCAGGGACAGUACAGGGUUCAGAAACAUCGGCUCGGAAACAUAACUUCUUCUCCCCUAAACAAAUAAGUUCUGCCAUUGAUGCAUCUGAGAAAGCACGCCUUUUAUGUUCAGUAAUUGUGGGUGCUGUAGUUGUAUUGUUGCAUUUGGGGUUUCCUCUUCCAGGAAACAAGUUCUUAGGGAGCAUUCUUAACUUUAGGCCACUUUACUUGGUUUUGUUGACCAAUGUAACAUUGGUGAUGGGGCGGCUUCUUUACGGUGAUCAUGGAAGUUCACAGAGAACCAUUAGAGAAGAGCACAAAGCCACUUCCACAGAUGACUAUAAUUGGGCUGAGCAAUUAAGCAAGACUUUGGAUGUAGGAUUGGUAGCAAAGAAGGUGGUUGAUGCAGUGUUCAUGGAUUGUAGUGUAUAUGCAAUAAUUGUCAUAUGUGGCCUCUCCUUCACAUAGCAUAUAUUUGUUUUGAUUGUUUUUUGAUGUGUUAGGGAUUAUGAUGUAUCUUUCUAGGCACCCCUGCUGAACUUUUCAAGUUGAAUGGAUCAAGAAUGGUAUUCUUUGGGUUACUUGCAAGUUAUGCUUCUGUAUUUCAAAACUAUCUUCAAUGAAGUAUUGGGUUGCAUUUUAUUA